CCUCCAAGGUCGAGCUUUCAUCUCGAUAAAAUGCUAUCAGUUUCAUCUGCUCUCAAGAAGACAUUUCUGUUGUUGGUAGCUACGACAACUGGUACAAGAUUGCAAAAAUUCCUUUCAAAACCUUUUAUUUGACGAUUUUUGCGAAUCUGGCUUUUACAGUGUGUAGCUGGGGGCAGCAAGUGCCAUCCCAAUGGAACAAUGCAAAUGAUGACAUUGUUUCAAGUGCAACUUUGAAUCCGAAGUAUGGUCAGUUCUUUGAGUAGAACGACGUGCAGUGUGAGAAAUCGAUUGAUAUUUUAGCUCGGUAUUUGCUAUGCCAUCUAGAGAGGGAAGAUAUAGAAUUCGGAAGUGAAACGAUAAGAACUGAAUUCAAUUGUCUACGAGUUGCGCUUGGGAUAAAAUGCUUUUGACCUGUGGCUGGUGGCGGCGUAGGAAAGCUUGGCGACGCAUUUCCAUGCCCUAGGUCUUUUCCUUUUGCAAUACCUGUCCAAAGCUCCCAGAACGAAGCUCAUGAACAGAGAUUUGAAAAUUGGACUGCUAAAUAUGAAAGAAAAAAGGCCCAACUUUGAUAGUGGGUAUUGCACUACUUGCUACACAUCGAAGUGUGUAACACAAUUAGUAAGUAGUAUUGUGCUCGAGACUUACGUUGUGGAAGCAAGGACACGCACUUGCCUAUCUCGGGUGUCACAUGUGUACGACCAGUCAUCAAAAUCAAUAUUCAUUUAUCGACAGCUCAAUCUGGUAGAGGAUUGCUCACAUUUCUUCGCUUGUUGAUUAUCACUUGCUCAAAAUCUUCUUUUACCAAAACAACGAACGAUAGGAUGACUUCAGCCGCUGAAGAAGAGCAUGUCCUUGAACGAAGUCCGCUGGGUUCUUCCCGUCUCUAUCUCCAGCAUUGGCUCUGGCAAAGACUAAUCGGGCAUCUUCUACAUCCCAGCAUCCCAAUCAAGCAAGACAUCAAGAUUGCUGACAUAGCAUGUGGAACAGGAAUCUGGCUCAUAGACUUAGCAAAAGAGCUUGCAAGAUCAAAGACGAACGCACAACUAGACGGUUUCGAUAUCUCAACUAAUCAAUAUCCUCAUUCGGCACUACUCCCUCCAAAUGUCAAACUGGAUAUUAUGGAUAUCUUCAAACUUGUGCCGGAGAGAUUGAGGGGCCAAUAUGAUGUGGUCCACAUAAGUCUUCUUUGUGUUGUGAUCCCUGGAGGAGAUCCAAGAUACGUUCUAGACAAUGUGUUGACAUUGCUAAGACCAGGUGGAUACAUCCAGUGGAAAGAAGUGGAUUUCAGCAUGAUGGCAUGCAAAGCUGCUACCCCGGACUCAUCAACCAGCAACCUUGAAGAGUUGACGAGAUGGAUGUAUGAAGUUCCUUUGAAGAAAUUCACCAGUUUUGAGUGGAUACGCCAACUUAGCUCCAUCUUCCAAGAACGAGGAGUAACAGUUCUGGAUGAUCGACUUCUCGAACCCGAGGCCGAUAUUGCCUGCGCAUGGACUUCAAUGCAUAUGAAUGGCAUAAAAGAAUUGGUAAAUAUUGCAGGAGAAGGGUCGAGAGACGUAUUGGAAAAGUAUGGACAGGCGGCUCAGGAGGUACAGAAGGGUGCUUACAUAAGUAUGAUGUUGGUCAAUGUUGUUGGCAGAAAGGCUGGGGGCGAUUGAGAUGUUUCAUUUGGAGAAGAAGCAUCUGUCUCGUCCGAUGAUAAUAGCACAGAGGUCUAGGGGUUUCUGAUACUGAGUUAGAAAUAUAGCUUGCCGAUUGCCUUUGCCUUUCUGUUCAUUUUUGCCAAAAAUCUCCAAAUGUUUCGAGGGGACAGACACUUGACAAUUCAAUUUGGUGGCAUUCAACUACUUGGCUCCUAACCCACUCUGUGCCGAGAUAUAAACAGCAUAUCAUUACGCAACGGCGGACGAAUAGUACACUAUAACGAUUGGAAACUGCUUGGAUGCUCGGAUGAUGCUAUCAUACU